UCCUGGCUGGUGCUAUUUAGAAAAGUUACCCUACAACGCUGAGGAGGUCACAACACUCUAAACAGGAAGCUUCUCUGCUGCUGCUGAUCUCACUGAAUCUUAGCCAGAGUGACCCUUUCUCCACAGGAAAGAGAGGAGCAAUCGGCAGGCUGCUACAGCUACGAUAUAGCAGGAUCAGAUUGCAUUUUUUCUCAUUGUAUCUUCCCCUCCCACAAGUCCUCUCUUCAACAAGAAUUGAUAUCAGAGAAGCAAGCUCAACACACUUCAGGAAUUCUCCAAUUCUCUUUCAAGAACUGCUAACAGGAAUUUGGUCGAAAGACUAAAGAAAUGAAGAGAGGCUGUUUCUUAGUUACUGCCUUACUCCUGUUGUUGGGCUAUGUCUCCUGGCAUGUGUCUGCAGACUCAGAAAAUGGAGAAGAAGAUCAGGACCCCCCAGGUGCUGCUUUACCACCACUGAAGCUAGGAAAUUCAAUCUGUGCCUUCAAGGCGGAUGCCGGUGCAUGUAAAGCUAUAUAUACACGGUAUUAUUUCAACAUUCAAACUCAUCAGUGUGAGGUCUUUGAAUACGGUGGCUGCUAUGGCAAUGAGAACAACUUCCUAACACUAGAACAAUGCCAGGAGACGUGUGUGGUAUCAGAAUCCCCAGUGAAGAAAAAACAUGGAAGAUUUAAAAAAGGAAAGCCUGACUUCUGUUUUUUGGAGCAAGACCCUGGAAUCUGCCGUGGCUAUAUUUCCAGAUAUUUCUAUAACAAAGAGUCACAGCAGUGUGAAAUGUUCAAGUAUGGUGGGUGCCUGGGAAAUCAGAACAACUUUAAGGCCUUGGAGGAAUGCCAGAUUGCCUGCCAGGAGAAUUUAAAUACACUGCAAUUUGACAAUCAUGAAGAACUCCCCAUCAUGAGGAACCAUAGCUUUCCAGUUGCAAAUCCCAGUGAGAUUUCAAGGCUUUUUAAACCUCCACACAUCCCUUCUCUCUGCAUGACACCUGCAGAACGGGGUCUUUGCAAAGCGGAUGAGAAAAGAUUCUUCUAUAAUUACUCAACAAGAAAAUGCCAUCCAUUUAGCUACAGUGGGUGCGGUGGGAAUGAAAAUAAUUUCACCUCCAAAAAAUCAUGUUUGAAGACCUGUAAAAAAGAUUUCAAUAAAAAACAAGGACAAAGAGGCUUAAUCAAAAUCAAGCGAAGAAGAACAAAACAGCCAGUGAAGCUGGUGGAAGACGAAAUUAUCAUUGAAAGGAUAUAACCUCUGCUUUUUUGAAAAAAAGAGAAAUGUGAACAACUCUACUAUCUUUCAUCUGUGAACAAAAGCAUAACUGCUGCAUCCUUAUUGUACUGAUCAUUAUUGGGCUGCUCUUCUAUUUUGUUUUGUAUUCCUCAGUCCUGUUUGCUAAGCAUUUAAUUUUUCUCUGAUAAACUUCAUUAAAAAUGCAGUUUGACAAUAUACACUCAAGGCUACGUCUAGACUGGCCCCUAAUUCCAGAAAAGUCAUGCAAAGCAGGU